CUACACUCUACGUGAGUGUGUGAGUGUUUGUGUGUGCGUGUGUGGGGGUGUGCCCACCAAAUUGAUAGAAAAAAGCAUAAAAAAAAGAACGGGGAAAAAACCUGUGUGACAUUCGUUCCGUAAUUUUGUGAGUGUGUGUCCGUGUGUGCUCGCUUAUCUGGCGAUAAUUUAAUGUGACUCUGACCUAACUCAAGCCCGUAUUAGAAGCCAAAAGUCAUUCAGAGUUCUCUUUAUUACAGUGAUUGACGAAAACUGUUGGAAACGAUGGGCCAAAUGUCAAUGAGUGAGUGAAGGAACAACAACAACAACAACAACAACAAGAGCUAACAAUCAAAACUAUCGCCCAUGUUCUAUUCAUAUCGUUGGGCCAAUGAUAAGACGACGGUCGAGCCAGGCGGUAGCAGAAGGCGCAGCAGCAGCAGUUGAAAUCCAGUGAACGGGAGACAAACCCUAAAAGCCAAGUCAAUGUCGAAACUGGCAAUUGUUGUUGUUGUCAGGUUCUCAGCAAAAUUGCUGCUGUUGCUGCUACUCUCGUCGUCUUGGAUAGCGGUGGCAGAAGCCGAAGCCGAAGCUCAACCCCAAACCCAACGUGACCAUGCGGAACAAAAGUUUUCUUUGCCCGCCGUACCGAUGCCGCCACCACCGCCAUUUCCCGCGGCCAAGCACAAUUUUGCCUUGAAUGCCUUUGCCAGUGGCCAGAUGUCCAGCUCUAGUUCAAGUUCCUCCAGCGGCUCGACCUCCAGUGGGUCGAGUUCUGCCUCCGGUUGCGGAGGCCUGCUCAAAUCCCGCCAUGGCCACAUUCAGACUCCGAAUUUUCCGCAUCGUUUUGCCACGCCCAUCGAGUGCAUUUGGAUAAUUGAUGCCUCGGAUUUGCCAGCCACUGCCCAGGGCAAUGUGUCCAUAGUGAUCUAUCUGACACAACUCUAUGUGCUCGGUGGUCUUAAAUUCACCGAGUAUAUGUAUUAUUCAGACGAUUUCAAGGUGCCAGCCCAUCGAGUCUUCACCCUUAACGAGGACGAUGUGACCCAAGUGACUUGGGUGCAAUUCAAUAGUCAAUAUCUCGAGAUACGCUUCACCAUGGCCAGUCUGGAUGGUACCCACUUGAGGGCUCUGGAUCGCCUAUUGGAUGUCUACGGUUUCAAUAUAACCUACGAGGUGCAGCACGAUGUCAAGACGAACCAGUGCAAUACCCUGCAAUGUCGUUUCCUGGGAGAUUGUUUUGCCAGUUCGGAUUACAGCUCUUAUGGUUGCUCAUGCUUUCCCGGCUUCAGUGGCAGCGAUUGUGGCCAUGGUCCAUUGUGUCAGGAUGCGCACACAAAUGUUUGCCAAAAUGGGGGAACUUGCAAACAUAUCGGCGAUGCGGCCAUAACUUGCCAUUGUCCCGGAGGCUACAAGGGAACCAGAUGUGAAAUACCCGAAAUAAAUGAGACCACCCAGGGCUGCACUGGGAAUGCCAGCUCGAACAAUUGCCACCAUGCCUGCAAUUUUGACAAUUACAACAAUCUAGGAUCGAGCUCCAGUUCCAGUUCUCCUUUUGCCAUAAUAAAAGGAAAUAGAAAUGCUGCUCGUACUGGGAAAACACGCUACGAAGUGACUAUGCGACUUGGUGCCAAUCUUACUGGCUACUAUAGACAUGCAGAGAGAGACCAGCUGUCUGGUGUUAUGGAGCGACAGCUUGGCCGUGUCUUGCGCAACUUUAAUAUCACCAAAAUCAGCGAUCUAGAACUGAUAUCGAAUACCACUGAUCGUCUGGAUAUAACAUUUCAUUUCUUUGGCAUCAAGGGCGACUCACAGCGGAUUCGUGAGGCCAUCACUCGAAUGGUGGAAAGAGGACGAAUUGGCAACUUUACAUUGGUUUCAAAUUUUCAUCACUUUGAUGAGAAUCCUCCACUAAAUAUGUUGGAGCUGAGUGUCAAUCAACCGCAGGCAGCCGUGCGUGAGGACAGUGAGUUUAUCAUAUCCUGCACAGCCCAGGGCUCAUCACGCAUGCAAUUUCAGUGGUUCAAAGAUGGAGCCAGCGUCAAUGCCACCAAGGCAACGAGAGAAAUUUGGACAACUGUAUUGCCCCCAGAAACAAAAGAUGUCUACACGGCUAUUCUUGGUGUGACCAAAGCAAGUCGGAUUGAUGAUGGAGUCUACAGUUGUAAGGUCACCGACUGGGGUGUGGAGCAAUGUCGAUCUCUGCACAUUCAUAUCAAAUCACCGCCCCGGCUACGAGUCGAUCCAGCCAGUGUGACCCUUCAACGUGGUGACUCAUUACGUGUGCGCUGCCUCUCUCCGGGUAAUGAUGAUAUCAAACGAUACGCCCAAUUGGGCUACAGUUGGACACGGAAUGGUAUACUUUUCCAAUCGGAUCCCGCCACUGCCAUGUGGGAAGAUCUCUAUCCCGAUGGCAGCAUUCUGAAGAUCAACAAUAUCCAGAAAUCGGCUGAAUAUGCCUGCCUAGUAUCGAACAGUGUGCGUCCUGUCUCGAGAAGCGUCUACAUUAAUGUCAUUGAACGGAAUGCGGCUCAUGUCUGCCUGGCCGAGUCUAGCUAUGGUGUCCACUGGCCCACCAGCGCCCCAGGAGCUCCAGUCAUAACGGACUGUCCGCGCGGUUUCGAAGGACAUUCUCGUCGCAUUUGCGAACAACGUGAUGCAGGCAAUUCGAGUUGGUUGCUUCCCGACUUUUCGGGCUGUGUGCGGGAUGAAUUGCUUUUAAUCUACAAUCGUUUUCGCGCCCUUAGUGCUGGCUUUCAACAAACGAACUCUUCAAACAUAUUGAAAUCGUGUUUUGAAUACACCCUUCAGAGGCGGCAAAGCUUUCUACCAGGCGAAGCCAGUUUUCUAAUUGAUAUGCUGCAUGAGCUCGACACCUAUUUGCAAUUGAAGGGGACCCAACUGGAGCGUGAGAUGGCCGCGGAGAUUAUAUUGCGCAUUCUGGAUAAAGUCAUGCAGAAUGCCCAAUCCUUGAACAGUCAACAGCAAAUUAAAAAGUUGCAACUUUUAACGCAAUCAGCGGCAUUGAAUCGCGAGACAAUUGCGGCCUCACAAUUGGCCACAUCGACGGGCGGUAACAGUCAGGCAACAUCCUCGGCAGCGGCAUCGUCCGCUGACAGUUCGACAACUUUGACCGCCCAGGGCGGUGGCAGCAGCAGCAGCAGCACAGGACCUGCAGGUGACAUGGUCAGUGGCUCAGGGAUGACAGGAGGAGGCAGUAAUAGCCUUGCUGGCAGUGCAGCAGGUAAAUUGCAGUCUGCUGCCAGUGGAUCCGCAAGUAUUUUAACUGUGGACGAGGACACUUUAUCGCUGGAUCGACUCAACUCGCUUCGCAUCUAUAUGACAUCGGUGAAAACUUUACCAUUCAAUUUACGCAUUUACGGCGAGGAUUUGUUUUCGGAUCAGUUAUACAUGGAAAUUGGACUAUCCUCGCGACUUUUGCACAUCAUGGCCAACUCAACGAUAUUUGCUUCUGUGAUCUCUUACAAGAAUCUGAAGAGUUUUCUACCAAAGACCUAUUACACUCGUGGCAGUGAUCCCAAAGAUGCGGAUUAUGUUCUCACCUCGCGUAUUAUUCAGACUUGGCUAUUUCAGUCAAAUCGUUCAAAUGACAAUUUUCGAGAACCCCUCGAUUUGCCCUUCGAGGCUGGCCAUGUGGAGAUCAUAUUCCAGCAUGAGAGUGUGCCAAAAACAGGAGAUUGGGUGGCUGUAUGUGGACAUGAUUACAAAGCGUCUUUCGACUCAACCUGGCGAUCGGAUUUGUGCAUCACCAAGCAUCUAAUGGAGAAUAUAACGCGAUGCAUUUGCCCUCUGUCUGGAACCUAUGUGGUCAUGUUGACCAAGCGCCAGCAAAAUUCCACCCAGCCAAAUGCCCCCCAGCGUCCUAUUUUCGUGAUUGUCAGCUGUGCCUGUUGCCUUCUCCAAUGCUGUUCGGCAUUCCUCAUCCUGCUGCCCAUUUGGUGUAAUCGCAAGUGCGCCGUGACCUUCCUCAAGAUGCAGUUCUGCAUCUCAACGUCGAGUGUGAUGUUAAUUUAUUUACUGGGAUUUAUGAAAAUGCUUCCAGUGAAUUGGCAUGCUAUUAUAAGCAGCUCGUUGGCAUCGCUGCUGCUGCUGGGCAUCUCGACUCUGAUUGCCAUUGCUUUGGUCAUACACACGGAGUUGAUGCCGAAGAAGUAUCUGCAAAUUGGCACCAACAAAGCAACAGCUACUUCAUCCUCAUCGUCGGCAUCGUCGCCAGGCAGCAAGCAUCACCAGCAGCAGCAGCAGGAUAAACGCCGCCGGGAACAUGAGAGUUUGAGUUUGAGCAACAUAACCCAAAUCAGCGCCCAGUCGUCAGGGAGUGGCCAAAAUACAAAUAGCAGUUGCCGCCGUCGUCCAGCUGCUUUGUCAAGUGGAGCAUCAUCCUCCUCCGCUUCCGCCGCCGCAUCUGCCGCAUCGCUUCAGGGCAGCAAAGCUGGCAUACGUGGCGCCAUUGGCAUCAGUUGGCUUCUGCCGCUACUCUUUGCCAUUGCCGCCCCACUAAUCUGCAGCAUCAUUGGCAAGUGGCCUCGCCAUUGGUGGCUAGAGAUUGUGUGGCACAAACAAUCAGAUGAGACCGGCGGGGGGGACGGGAAUGCCGCGGAAUUUGAUGGCGUUUAUUAUUCGACGCAUUCGCUACUCAACGGUGAUAAUUUACUGCUCGAGUCGGAGGCGUUUCUGGGCAAUGCAUCGAAUGGCAAACGCAGCGGCGACGACCACACCGCCUUCACGGAAAUAUCAUCAAUGGGCGAUGAUGUGGCCACGUCAACGUCAUCAAUCACAGCCAGCAGCGGCGGCAGUUACAUGGAUGUGGCCGCAGUGACAGCUGCGGCUUUGACUUGGCCACAACACGAGCAGCAGCAGCAGCAGCAGCAUCACCACCAACAGAUGCCUGUCUCUUGGAAUCGGUUUGGCUCCUUGUCCGCUUUGGACGCCCAUGGACAUCCAUCGACCGCGGCUUUCACUUCCGGCUUGAGUGGCUCGCCUUCGCUUAGUUUCCUUCUCUUCGUUUGCAUCGAUUUGCUUUUCAUUUUCCUCUUCUGUGCUCUGUUUGCCAUUUUAAUGAAGAAACUUUUGUGGCUGUGGCACAAGAAUCGCAAUGUGCACACGCAUCCGUUGGAUAAAUUCAAUAUGGCAUUACAUAGACGACUUGGCCUCCUUUAUCGGGCUGGAGGAUUACUGGUCGUAAAACUCUGCACCGAUGGAUUCUUCAUCGUUUAUGUUAAUUCAUCGCCGGAUACUUUAUGGGCAUAUCCGUUUGGCAUAUCGUGCAUAAUAUUGGGCUUUGUGAUACUCUUUUGUUUCGUCAUCAAAGCUGAGAGUCAACUGCGUGGUCCACCGUUUCUCAGCAGCAAUGGAAGCAGUCAGAAUAGUUCCCUCAAGCAGACCAAAUUCAAUACGAGCAAGACGAGUCUGGAUGACAACUAUUGCACCACGACAACGGCCAGCAUCAACAGUCCAUUGACCUUCUACACCAAUCAUGACAAGGAAAAGGAGAGCGAGUGUGCCGCAGUAUCCUUAUCAAUGCCAUCGGCAGGGGCCACAUCAGCAUCUCCGCUGCAGUCUAAAGUAGGGUUAGAGCUGGAAUUGACAGCUGCAAAUGCAACUGGGCCAGUCGGCAUGGCAGGGGGAGCUGGAGCCGUCGUUGGUGGUGUACAACUGCCGUUGACAAUCAUCUCGACGGCCCCACCCAGAGCGGCUGUUGCUAGCAAGGCGGAGACAUUCCUUAGUGGCCAUCAAACAGCUUUGCCGCUGACUGUUGCUGCCUCGCCGGCCACACGAUGUUGCGCCCUACUCAGUGGCGGAGCAGGAGGCAGUGGCGGGAGCGGAGGCAACACAGGACUUCCAGAAAUGGCCAAUGCUCUGGGCUAUGCUUAUGAUACCUACACCAUGGGCGGGCUAACGGGUAGUCUGGGUAGACGAGCACUGCAUCAUCAGCCAACCCAUUAUCAGGGCGAAUUCGUGGGUCUCGAAACGCUGGAUAUACUCCAAGGUGUCCAAGCAGACAGCAUAAUUGGCAUUCACACUAGUGCUAUGCUGCCCACGGUUACACCUGCUGCCACCCACUUUGUGCCCUUGCAGCAUAAUCCAUAUGUGGACUUUGUGCCCACCUCCCUGAUGUUGACCAUGCCAGCAACAGCAGCAGCAGGAAGUGCUGCUCCACUGCCUCCUCCACCCACCAUAAGCGGCAAUCUGAGCGCCACUUUGCCCACGCCAAAGACACAAAAGCGAGUGACCAUCUUGGAGCCGACAUCACGCACCACUUUCGAUCCCCUGCUGCCCACCAUGGUGGCAGCCGUUGUCUCAACAUCCACAUCCGUUACAAGCUGUGCAGCAACAACUACAGCAGCCACGCCCACCACCAAUACACAGAGUGCCAUGGGAGGAGGAUGUGUUACCCGGAACGAUGCCACAUUGGAUCGCAUAACACUUGAUCUUGAUUACUUGCUUAAUCGUGGCGAAGGAGCAGGAGGAGAUCAGACGCCACCCCUUCCACCACCACCGCCCUCUGUGGUGACCAGAACUUCCGAUGAUCCGCCACAGCAGACACAAUAAGCGGGACAUGAAUGUAAAUAUAUGUAAAUUCAAUUUAAGGCUGUAAAUAACAAUAUUUAUAUAGAUAUACAUAUACAUACAAAUAUGCUAUAUAGAUGUAUCUGGACAAAUUGGGUCAUUCGAUUUUAGGGAAAAACCUUGUAACAAAUAGUUAUAAACUCUGUUUUGAAUAUUUAUUUCAAAUUUGAUGAAUUUGUUUGAAUUUGAAUGAUAUUAACUAACAAACUAUCAAAACUAGAUUAAUAAUUUUAAUUUAAAUUCAAUCUGUGUAUAUAUCUGUAAAUAAUUAGAACCCAUUGAAUCAUAAAAUGAAAAUUCAACUCUUUAUAAUGUGUGUUCCAUCAUCAGAUCGUACACAAGAAAAAACUAGUCCAUUACAAACAUUUCAAAAUUUAAAUUUGUAAACCAAAAUGAAAGAAUUUACACUAAAAACGAUUUUUUAGCUAGACUUACAAAUAAAAUG